CAUUGUACACAUUUUAUUUUUUAAAAUGUCAAUGCAGUUAAGCAUAAUUAUUGCAAUAAUUAAGGGUGUUCGUUGGUCUAAAUUCAACCAGAAGAAAUUGAACGGUCAAUAAACUGCUGCUGAGCAAAAAAUAUCUCAGAAUCGCUCUGCUCAGCUCAGUUCCUCGAUCUCAUCAUCCAUGGCUUCCUAUGCUGUAUUUCACCUACCAUCAUCUUCCUUAACUAUAGCCUCUAAAACCCACCGAUCAUUGCGAGCUCAAAUCUUCCAUGCCUACAAGCCCCUUAGAAUCGAGGCUUCUACUUCCCUCGACUACUCAAGCACCUCCAUCUCCAAUAAACCUCCCGCAUCUUCUAAGAAUAGUACUUGGCAAUGGAAGUAUAAGGAGAACUCCGUGAGUAUAUAUUAUGAGGCGCAUGAAAAGGAGGAGAAAGAUGGGUGUUCCAAGAAUAUUUUGAUGAUACCAACUAUUUCUGAUGUUAGCACUGUGGAGGAAUGGAGGUCAGUCGCCAAAGACAUUGUAGGGCGAGAUGGUUACAGGGCUACCAUUGUGGAUUGGCCAGGUUUGGGAUACUCUGAUAGGCCUAAGCUGGAUUACAAUGCUGAUGUUAUGGAGAAAUUUUUGGUUGAUUUCAUCAAUGCACCUGAUGGUCCUGUAAUCAACUCAGGUAAUGACUUGGUGGUCAUUGGAGGAGGGCAUGCUGCUACUCUUGCAGUUCGUGCUGCAAAGAAGGGUUUAGUGAAACCAGCUGCCAUUGCUGCUAUUGCACCAACCUGGGCCGGGCCACUUCCUAUUGUUUUUGGUAGAGAUUCUAAUAUGGAGACAAGGUAUGGUCUUCUUAGAGGAACUUUUCGGGCUCCUGCUGUUGGUUGGAUGAUGUACAAUGUACUCGUUAGCAAUGAGAAAUCAAUCGAGUCACAGUACAAAUCCCAUGUUUACGCGAAUCCAGAUAAUGUCACCUCAAGUAUUAUUGAGAGCCGAUAUGCACUUACAACGCGGAAAGGUGCUCGCUAUGUGCCUGCAGCUUUCUUGACUGGUUUACUUGACCCAGUAAAGUCCAGAGAGGAAUUUGUUCAACUUUUUGCGGGAUUGCAAGGAGGGACACCCAUUCUAGUUCUUUCAACUUCAGGCUCACCAAAGAGAUCAAAAGCCGAGAUGGAAGCCCUUCGGGAAGCCGAAGGUGUGAGCAAAUAUGUUGAAGUGCCAGGUGCUCUUCUUCCCCAAGAGGAGUAUCCUGAGAAAGUUGCUGAAGAGCUUUACAGGUUUUUACAAGAGUAUUUGAGCUAAAGACUGAUAACCAGUUCAGAGUUCUAAUUUCACUGCAGAAUUGCCCGCAUGGGCUUAACUCACUAGUUCAAUAAGAAGUAUUUGGGAGAAAAGACAUUCGAAACUCGGAAGGGGUAGUGUGGGGAUUAUGUCAAAAAUGGCCAAAUCCUUUGUACGCUCCGACAUUUGGCCCUAUCUGCUGAUCCAUUGAGUUAUUGUGAUUUACAUACUCCCAAAUGCUUUGUCGAGCCAGGGUGUGGGGUCUUGAGUUGAGGAUUCAACCUUUUGGGGAAGUUCUAAUUUCUUCUGAAGGACUCUUGGGUAAAUUUUCAGUUUCUGGUAUUCUUGCCAGGCUGCCAGCUUAUUAAGGCCAGUCUUGCAUUUAACAUGUGAUCUUGUAUUUGUUGUUUGUUUUUUGGUUUUUUUUUUUAAAAAAAAAUCUUGCGAGUGAA